AUGAUCUUUGACGAUCCAACCGCGUUAAACCGCUUGAAGAAAUACCUCAGUGACAAUUUAGGUCCAAUAUGUGACGCUGAUCCCGAUGUCUUAGCUGACUAUGUGGUUGCCUUGUUGAAACACGACAAGUCUAAUCAAGACUUGAAACAAUUGUGUAUAACACAGCUAGACGAUUUUCUAAAAAAAGAAACAGAGCCUUUUGUACAGAAUCUGUUCGAUUAUCUAUCAAGUAAAGAGUAUCUCAGCACAAAAAGUAAAGGACCCGAUCAACCAGAGAAUGUUGCCUCUGCAAGCUCUUCACAGACCGAUGCCAAACAAGAAAAAGAUAACUCGGCAGAAAAAAUAGAUAAACCGUCAUCAAAACCUGGCAGGAAGAGAGAAGAUAGUGAAGCAUCCGAUGAUGACGAUAGAAAUUACAAGCACAAAGAACGUGGGAAUCAUAAUAAAGAUGAAUACAAACGCUACGGUGACCGUUCGAUCAAUUAUUCGGGCCGUGAGGACGAGCGAGAUGGGAAAAACAAGAGAUUUCGUGGUGAAGGCAUUCCAACAGGACCUGCAGCAGGGACUCAGUACAAUAAUAAUUAUUCAGACGAUCGUUUUAAGCGACGUAGAGACGAUUCAGAAGAAGAGUUCCGCUCGAAUAAAGUUCCAAGGAACAAUUCGCAUCAGAAUGUUACUGGAACAGGAAAUGGCUAUGUUUCCGGUAAUGUAAAUGGUCCAGGAAGAUGGGGAAGUGAUUGGAAUUCAAAUGGUCUUAACAUGCCAGCAGGUGAUCGUUUUGAUGAUAGGAGGAUGCGAGGUGGAAGGAUAAAUGAACGAGGUGGCGGACGAGGUAAUCCUAUGGGCGUUCGUGGCGGAUAUUCUGAUAUUCGGCCGGGGAGACGACAACGAUGCCGUGAUUAUGAUGAAAAGGGCUAUUGCAUGCGUGGUGACCUUUGUCCAUUUGAUCACGGUGUUGAUAGAAUAGUCGUUGAUGAGGUUCCCAUGAACAGACCCCCCUUUGAUAUCAUACAACCAAUUAAUGCUAAUCCGUUGGCUGGUGCUAUGGGUAUGAUGGGUGGUGGAGUUCCAGGAAGGCCGCCAUUUUUCAUGGGUGCAGGUGCUGGUCGCAAUUCCUUUGAUGUUGAUCCAGCAUUUGCCGGACAGCCUUCUCGUCCAUUGAAUCCGUCAGCAGACGCAUAUGAUCCCGAGAGAGCGACUUUAUCGAGGCCUGAAGAGUUAAUCCCCUCUCCCAUCCAUGAGAAUAAGGAUAACGAAUUACAAGGAUUAACCGAAGGAAAUCAUUCGGAAUCUACUAUAUCCUUAACACCUACACCGAACACGUCACAGUUUAUGGAUUCUGGUAAUGCUUCCACAAGAGGAGCAUCUUACAGAGGUCGCAGCCGUGGCCGUGGUGGAAGAGGCGGAUUUACAAGACCUAGCAGUGGUCAAGGUGUGAAGAACUCGUCCCUGGUUGUGGAGAAUAUACCACCCGAAUUCUGUGCCAUAGAUAAAGUCAACGAAUUUUUCAAAAAAUUUGGCACAAUUACCAACAUUAAUGUUGACCUUGCUUAUCAGAAGGCAAUUGUUCAAUUCAGUACCUCGCAAGAAGCAGCAAGAGCUUACAAUUCCCCUGAGCCUAUAUUUGACAAUCGUUUUGUAAAAGUAUAUUGGCACAAGGGAGACAAGGAUGAGCAACAGACUCUAACAGCAACUUCGGUUAAACCCAGUUCUGCUCUUGCCAAGCCGGACACAUCUUUAAUUAAUCAAGCAGAGACACCCGCUCAACAGCCUCUAGACUUGGAAGCGCAAAAGAGGAAGGAAGAUAGUUUAAAGGCCUUAUAUAAAGCACAGGCUGAUCUUAUGGAGCGCCACAUUCAGGCAGAGAAAACACUCAUCGAAUUAUCUGAAAAGAAGAAGAUUGAUCCCAAAAUGCGCGAAGAAUUAGAGAAGACCUUAAGCAAAGUAUCUCUAGAAAUAAAGGUUGAUACCAGUAUAAAUGCAGCCCGGAAUCCCACCACAGGUAAUGUCUUCCUUACGAAAACUCUGAUGGAUGAAAAAGAUCGUGAACAACUGGAUCGUGAACUGGAUGCUUUAAGAAAACUGAAAGUUACUGGUGAUUCCUUAGAAGCUGAAACACAGCAACAACAACAGACGACUUCGGAGGCCCCGAAGACCGAGGGGGAACCGUUGGCAGCCGUGGCAGCCGCGGCAGCCUCGAGCACUACAAGCGAUGCGUCAACAUAUAGAGGCCGUGGACGCGGCACAUUCUAUCGUGCUAGAGGAGCCCGUGGCGGAUGGCCACGCGCACGUGGUGGCGGCGUAAUGCGUUCAUACAAAUUAGAUAAUCGUACAACAAAAUUGUUGGUGAAAGAAGUACCUGUGGGAACAAAAGAAGCGUUGCGCGCUUAUUUUGAGCAAUUUGGCGAAGUUGAAACGAUGUCGUUUGCGGACGUUACUAAGACAGCAAUUGUACAAUAUAAGAGCAGAAAAGAUGCUGAACAGGCAAUGUUAAAGGGGACAAAUAUUCCAGACAUCGGAACAUUGCAGAUGGCAUGGCACAAUGCAACGGCGCAGAAUACGGCUCUCACAGAUACGUCGCCUACUGUUCAUGAGGGAGAACCUUUGCAAGGUGGACAAUCAUCGACAUUACCCGUUGACAGUAGUGAGAUAUCGCACGAGGGUCAAGCAACCACAUCGACUGAUCCCACUUUGUUGGCUGCACCGGUAGCUAGUGCUGAUGGUGGAGAAGAUUAA